AUGUCGACUGUCGAGACUGUUAGUAUUGAGGGUGCUCCGUCCUCCUCUAAGGAUUUGAAUGUUAUCGCAUCUCCUGAGCCCUCCAAGAAAACCGAUGUAGACGAGGCUGUGACAGUCAAGAAGGGGAAGGGGAAGUCGUCUGCUGAGGGCAUCAAGCCAUCCAAGAAGCAGAAGACCAUCACCUCUGUCCCUAAAACGCUGCCGGCUGUCAAGGAGUUGAUCAAGUCCUGGGGCUUUGAGGAUCCUGACUGCGCGUCCAUGUGCGCGAUGGCUGGCAUGGCAAAGGGAAACCUCAAGGUUGACUUUGACGCCAAACUCGAUUCGAUUGCCUGGACGGGCGAAUGCCCUGCUUGCAAAUCUGAGAUUCAAGUCAGACUCCGUGCCCUGCUCAAACAGGCCGACUCCGGUCACGACUACGAAGAUGGUUCUGACGGAGGAGGGAUCGUGUGCAGCAAGGAUGAUUGCUUCUACCAAGGGUACCUCACCAACAUGUGUGGUAAGAAUAUGUCUCAAGACUCGGGCAAAUAUCACAGUCACUGUCGCGAAUGCAAGGGAUUCGGAAAGUGCAUGGGCGACUGUCGCACCUCUCACUGCUCCAAGUGCGGCAAGCAUUACUUCGCUGGGUGGUCAGGAUUCGACUGCAAUAAUUGCUCUCGCUCAAAGUCGAAGAAGCAAGGCUCCGGUCGCCCGAAGUCGAAGAAAGGCUCUAGUCGCCAGGGAGAUGAUGAAUGCUUGAUUAUGUAA